ACACAUACAUUGUGUGUGUGUGUGUGUGUGUGUGUGUGUAGCAGAGACCCCUAUAGAGGAGUUUGCUCCUACCCCAGCAUUCCCGGCGCUGCAGUACCUGGAGUCUGUUGACCUGGAGGGCGUGGCCUGGAGGGCGGGGCUACGCACUGGGGACUUCCUUAUUGAGGUAAAUGGUAGUGAUGUGGUGAAGGUGGGCCAUAGACAGGUCGUGGCGCUGAUCCGUCAGGGAGGAAGUCAGCUGCUGAUGAAGGUCGUUUCAGUCACACGCAAACCUGAGUCCGACUUAGUCCGUAAGAAAGCACCUCCUCCGCCUAAGAGAGCACCCAGCACGUCGCUCACACUGCGCUCCAAAUCUAUGACGUCUGAACUGGAAGAGAUAGCCUCUGCCAGGAGGAGACGAGGGGACAAGCUGGACGAGAUGUUGACUGGGUCCCAGGAGGUGAUGAUGAGAAAAUGCCCCUUGGAGGCGGACUACAGAGCGGCCACCGUGAAGCAGCGGCCAACCAGCAGACGAAUUACUCAGCAAGAGAUCAACUCUUUGUUUGAGCGGCAGGGCCUGCCUGUUCCUCCAGGGGUUUCCCUGGGUCUGGAGAAAGCCACCAUGCAGCUGCCUCGUGGAAUGUCUCGGACCAAGUCCUUCGGUGCACCAGAGGAUGACAGGAUCUCUGCACUGAUUGGAGAGCAUCGGUUUCCAAGGAGCUCUUCGAUGACUGAUAGUUUCAUACCUCCUCCUCCCCAGACUGCCCCCCCUCCUCCCCCUUCCCACUACUUCCUGGACUCUGGCCCGCCGCCGGCCUUCUGCCCUCCACCUCCCCCGCAGCGAGCAGCCGAUCAAUCACACUCUAGCUUCAAGCCGGGGGCGGAACCUAGGCUGCACGAGGUCUGUGAUUCGCCAACGUCUCGGAGCCAUGCAGAGCGGCAGAGGAAAGCUCGCUCCAUGAUCAUCCUGCAGGACUCACCUGUACCAGGCUAUCUACCUGCAGAGUCUUCCCCCCUAGGCCGACCUGCUGGGGCUACAGCAGGGCUGGGCCUGUCCCGGCCCAGCCCUGUUGUCUCCCCCAGCCCCCUCUCCAGAACCAGCCCUGCCCCCAGCCCCCUCUCCAGAACCAGCCCUGCCUCCAGCCCCAGCCCCCUCUCCAGAACCAGCCCUGCCCCCAGCCCUAACCCUCCAGGGGAGCGCAGCAGCAACAGGAGGCGUGGCCGACCAGUAGAGAACCCGUAUGCCAACGUGGGUCAGCUGCCUGCCCCCCCCAGCAAGCCUCAGCGUCGCAAGUCUCCGCUCCUCAAACAGCUGCAGGUGGAGGAGGGGCCCAGCAGGGCAGAGCUAUACCAGCAGCAGGUGCUCACUGAGCGUGCUCAGAUACGGGUCACGCCCCCUCAGGGCCGUAGGUCCUCCUUCUUCCUGUCUGUGGAGGGAGGGGGUUCAGAGCCCCCUCCCAUCUUACUGACCCAGUCCCACUCUGUAGAUGACCUGGGGGAGCUGCCCCCCCCCAUCCCCGUCCUCUCCCCCUCCUCCUCCCCCCACUCCACCUUUCUCCACCCACUGACAGGCAAGCCUCUGGACCCCUCCUCCCCCCUCGCCCUGGCCCUCGCUGCCCGCGAACGAGCUCUCACUGCACGCACACCCAGCCCUGAACCCAGAACCAAACACGCACACUCAUCUAGACCCGAGCCCAGGCCCAAACAUGCACACUCACCCAGCCCCGAGCCCAGGCCCAAACAUGCACACUCACCCAGCCCCGAGCCCAGGCCCAAACAUGCACACUCACCCAGCCCCGAGCCCAGGCCCAAACAUGCACACUCACCCAGCCCCGAGCCCAAACGAACCCCUCCUCCCCUGACCAGCCCUGAGCUCCGACACAAACGUAUCAACCCACCCAUAUUCCUUGACGGACAGCUGGAGCGGCCAGUCGUAGAGCGGCCAGAGACAGAAGGCGGAGUCACAUCUCCUGCUGUGCCCUCCCCCGAGCGUUGGCAGACUAUGCCCCUCCCUCCCAUCAGUCAGGUGACCAUCAAUAUAACCAAUGAAAGCCAGCUGGCAGGACGGGGUCUGGGGGAAGAGCUGAUUGAGGCGCUGCAUGGACAAUUACAGAGGAGGAGAAGUCUGACCGUUGGCAGCUCAGAGGAGGAGGGGGGUUCUUAUACGGUAACCCAGGGCCAAUUAGAGAGGAGGAAUAGUCUGGAGGGCGGGCCUUACACAGUGACCCUGCCCCCUGCACUGCUGUCAUCCAGUGAUGAGGAGACGAGGGAGGAGCUUCGUAAGAUUGGUCUGGUGUCUCCUCCCCUGGUGUUUGCCACGCCCCCCUCCCCCACCCAGCCCCCCUCCUCCCUCAGCCUGUCACCACGAAGACCCCAGGCAGGUGAGGGCGGGGGAGGAGGGGAGUCAGCUCCAGACUCAGGGAUGGAGGAGGGAGACCCUCACAUAGAGAACACCUUAUCCCCAAGCAGCACCCCGGCCCCCAGCCUGCCCCCCACCCUGCCCUCCCCAGAACGCCCCCAGCCUUUCCCUGCCACCCCGAAAACCCUGCCCUCCACCACCUCAGACCCCCAGAGCCUGAAGCCCAGGCUGCGUUCUCCCCUGGGCCGUGGUCGCUCUGCUCUCAGGGAUCCUCUACUGAAACAGUCUUCAGACAGCGAUCUGCUUCCAUCUGGCUGUGGACCUGGACGCCCACCACCCUACCUCUUCCAGAGGAGAUCCAAACUUUGGGGGGAGGUGUCCGAGUCUCGGCCCAGGCAGAGUAGUCCUGAAGAGGGCAGGCCGACUGCCGUGGGGGGUGGUGGGCUGGAGCUGGCCUCACGUCUCCAGUUACUCAGUAAAGACUCCCACUCACUCGGAGAGGAGCCUGCAGGACUGCUGGACCCUGGACACAGGUCCCCUGUGGGCGGAGCAAGGUUGUUUAGUAGUCUUGGGGAUGUCCACACCAUCUCCCAGAGAGGUUUUGGUGGCACCACCUACACAGUCCGACCGGGGAGCCGCUACCCAAUCACACCUCGCCGCAGUCCCAGUCCCUCCCCCUCACCUGCUCCUGUCCUCUCCCCAGACAGGUCAGAGGUCAGUUCUGGGCGGGGCUUUGGCCUUAGCUCCUCCCAUCACCACCACACCAUCCUCAAGUCGUCUAGCCUCAGCUUGCCUUCGGAGCCCAAGGAGGUCCGCUUCGUAAUGCGGAGUGCCAGCGCUCGAACCCGUUCCCGCUCGCCCUCCCCCUCCCCCCACGCCUCCCCCUGCCCCUCCCCCGUACUGGGCUCCCCCCUGCUCGCCCUGCGGCCGUGGCGCCAACGCCCUCUAGCUCUGUGGAGUAAGUAUGAUGUGGGAGACUGGCUGGAGAGUGUUGGUUUGGCAGAGCAUCGUGCCCGCUUCCAGGAGCAUGAGAUUGAGGGUUCCCACCUCCCUGCCCUCACCAAGGAUGACUUCGCUGAACUGGGCGUGACACGAGUCGGACACCGCAUGAACAUUGAGAGAGCGCUCCGACAACUGCUGGACAACUGAACCUCUAACCCCUGAUAUCACUGAAGGACUGUCACACCUGGACCCUAACCCUCUGUGGAGGUAUUCUGACAGCACCAGUGGCUGUAACCUGGCAACACCAGUGGCUGUAACCUGGCAACACCAGUAACCUGGCAACACCAGUGGCAGUAUGCUUUCAGACGUCUAUUUUCCAAAGACAGCAUCACAUGGAGUUGAGCAUUUAGUAUGAACUUUUUAUGAAUAUACAAGUAAAUACCUCCUCCAUCGAAAUAUCUACAAUAUCGACAUAUUUUCCAAUAAUGAAAUUGAUGAUAAAUGUUUAUUAGGAAUAGAUAUAUUUAAAUCAAAUGGUGUGUUUCAGAACAACUUUAUUCUGUUUAGGGACCCUGUUAUUAUCCUACCCUGUUAUUAUCCUACCCUACCCUGUUAUUAUCCUACCCUACCCUGUUAUUAUCCUACCCUGUUAUUAUCCUACCCUACCCUGUUAUUAUCCUACACUGUUAUUAUCCUACCCUACCCUGUUAUUAUCCUACCCUACCCUGUUAGUCUACUACAUGACCCUGUUAUUAUCCUACCCUGUUAUUAUCCUACCCUACCCUGUUAGUCUACUACAUUACCCUGUUAUUAUCCUACCCUGUUAUUAUCCUACCCUACCCUGUUAGUCUACUACAUUACCCUGUUAUUAUCCUACCCUGUUAUUAUCCUACCCUACCCUGUUAGUCUACUACAUUACCCUGUUAGUCUACUACAUUACCCUGUUAGUCUCCUACCCUACCCUGUUAGUCUACUACAUUACCCUGUUAGUCUACUACAUUACCCUGUUAGUCUAUUACAUUACCCUGUUAGUCUAUUACAUGACCCUGUUAUUAUCCUACCCUGUUAUUAUCCUACCCUACCCUGUUAGUCUACUACAUUACCCUGUUAGUCUACUACAUUACCCUGUUAGUCUAUUACAUUACCCUGUUAGUCUAUUACAUGACCCUGUUAUUAUCCUACCCUGUUAUUAUCCUACCCUACCCUGUUAUUAUCCUACCCUACCCUGUUAUUAUCCUACCCUACCCUGUUAGUCUACUACAUUACCCUGUUAGUCUACUACAUUACCCUGUUAGUCUACUACAUUACCCUGUUAGUCUAUUACAUUACCCUGUUAGUCUACUACAUUACCCUGUUAGUCUACAACAUUACCCUGUUAUUCUACUACAUUACCCUGUUAGUCUACUACAUUACCUUGUUAUUAUCCUACCCUACCCUGUUAGGCUACUACAUUACCCUGUUAUUAUCCCACCCUACCCUGUUAGUCUACUACAUUACCCUGUUAGUCUACUACAUGACCCUGUUAUUAUCCUACCCUACCCUGUUAGUCUACUACAUUACCCUGUUAGUCCACUACAUGACCCUGUUAUAAUCCUACCCUACCCUGUUAGUCUACUACAUUACCCUGUUAGUCUACUACAUUACCCUGUUAGUCUACUACAUGACCCUGUUAGUCUCCUACAUUACCCUGUUAGUCUACUACAUUACCCUGUUAGUCUACUACAUGACCCUGUUAUUAUCCUACCCUACCCUGUUAGUCUACUACAUUACCCUGUUAGUCUACUACACUACCCUGUUAUUAUCCUACCCUACCCUGUUAGUCUACUACCCUACCCUGUUAUUAUCCUACCCUACCCUGUUAGUCUACUACAUGACCCUGUUAGUCUCCUACAUUACCCUGUUAGUCUACUACAUGACCCUGUUAUUAUCCUACCCUACCCUGUUAGUCUACUACAUGACCCUGUUAUUAUCCUACCCUACCCUGUUAGUCUACUACAUGACCCUGUUAUUAUCCUACCCUACCCUGUUAGUCUACUACAUGACCCUGUUAGUCUACUACAUUACCCUGUUAUUAUCCUACCCUAACCUGUUAUUCUACUACAUUACCCUGUUAUUAUCCUACCCUACCCUGUUAUUAUCCUACCCUACCCUGUUAGUCUCCUACCCUACCCUGUUAUUAUCCUACCCUACCCUGUUAGUCUACUACAUGACCCUGUUCUUAUCCUACCCUACCCUGUUAGUCUACUACCCUACCAUGUUAUUAUCCUACCCUACCCUGUUAGUCUACUACAUUACCCUGUUAGUCUCCUACCCUACCCUGUUAGUCUACUACAUUACCCUGUUAGUCUACUACAUGACCCUGUUAGUCUACUACAUUACCCUGUUAUUAUCCUACCCUACCCUGUUAGUCUACUACAUUACCCUGUUAGUCUCCUACCCUAACCUGUUAUUCUACUACAUUACCCUGUUAUUAUCCUACCCUACCCUGUUAGUCUACUACCCUACCAUGUUAUUAUCCUACAUUACCCUGUUAGUCUACUACAUUACCCUGUUAUUAUCCUACCCUACCCUGUUAGUCUACUACAUUACCCUGUUAGUCUACUACAUGACCCUGUUAGUCUACUACAUUACCCUGUUAGUCUCCUACAUUACCCUGUUAGUCUACUACCCUACCCUGUUAGUCUACUACAUUACCCUGUUGUCUAACAUGUUAGUCUACUACGUUAGUCUCCUGCAUUACCCUGUUAGUCUACUACAUGACCCUGUUAGUCUCCUACCCUACCCUGUUAGUCUACUACAUUACCCUGUUAGUCUCCUACCCUACCCUGUUAGUCUCCUACAUUACCCUGUUAGUCUACUACAUUACCCUGUUAGUCUACUACAUUACCCUGUUAUUAUCCUACCCUACCCUGUUAGUCUACUACAUUACCAUGUUAGUCUACUACAUUACCCUGUUAGUCUCCUACAUUACCCUGUUAGUGUCCUACCCUGCCCUGUUAGUCUACUACAUUACCCUGUUGUCUAACAUGUUAGUCUACUACGUUAGUCUCCUACAUUACCCUGUUAGUCUCCUACAUUACCCUGUUAGUCUACUACAUUACCAUGUUGUCUAACCUGUUAGUCUACUACAUUACCAUGUUAUCUACCUUGUUAGUCUCCUACAUUACCCUGUUAGUAUCCUACCCUACCCUGUUAGUCUACUACAUCACCCUGUUGUCUAACAUGUUAGUCUACUACGUUAGUCUCCUGCAUUACCCUGUUAGUCUACUACAUUGCUAUGUUAGUCUCCUACAUUACCCUGUUAGUCUACUACAUUACCAUGUUGUCUAACCUGUUAGUCUACUACAUUACCAUGUUAUCUACCUUGUUAGUCUCCUACAUUACCCUGUUAGUCUACCCUAUUAGUCAACUACACUACCCUGUUAGUCUUCUACACUACCCUGUUAGUCUACCCUAUUAGUUUAAAACAUUAACCUGUUAGUCUACUACAUUACCCUGUUAGUCUACCCUAUUAGUCUACUACACUACCCCGUUAGUCUACUACACUACCCUGUUAGUCUACCCUAUUAGUCAACUACAUUACCCUGUUAGUCUACCCUGUUAGUUUAAUACAUUAACCUGUUAGUCUACUACAUUACCCUGUUAGUCUACUACAUUACCAUGUUAUUUACCAUGUUAGUCUCCUACAUUAUCAUGUUAGUCUACUACAUUACCCUGUUGUCUAACCUGUCAGUCUACUACAUUACCAUGUUAUCUACCCUGUUAGUCUACUACAUUACCCUGUUAGUCUACCCUGUUAGUUUAAUAGAUUACCCUGUUGUCUAACCUGUUAGUCUACUACAUUACCCUGUUAGUCUACCCUAUUGGCCUACUACACUACCCUGUUAGUCUACCCUGUUAGUUUAAUACAUUACCAUGUUAGUCUACUACAUUACCCUGUUGUCUAACCUGUUAGUUUACUACAUUAUCACGUUAGUCUACUGCAUUAUCAUGUUAGUAUACUACAUUACCUUGUUUGUCUACCAUAUUACCUUGUUAGUCUGCUACAUUACCAUGUUUGUUAAUCUUUGGCCUAAAUUUGUUUAUUCUGUCAGGAAGACGUCGAAUGAACCUCACUAGUAUACAUGUUUUAUAUGAAUUUUAAGCAAUGUUGACAGGAAAGUUUCCAGUAUAUGUUUUCUAAUAUCCCUAGCUACUGGUUUGUAUGGAUUUUAUACCUAUCUGUGAUGCUCUAAGGCAGAGUAAAAUGUUCAGAACAGUAUUUUUACAAAGAAGACGGUGCUACUUCACUAAAGCCAUCUGUACAGAGCAACCCUACGCCUAAACCUAACCCUAAACCUAGCACUAAACCUAACCCUAAACCUAGCACUAAACCUAACCCUAAACCUAGCACUAAACCUAAGCUUAAACCUAGCACUAAAACUAAACCUAAUCGUAAACCUAGCUAACACUAAUGCCUUGGGAUAUUACCAUGGUCCAAUAGCGCACGCACGCACGCACGCACGCACGCACGCACGCACGCACGCACGCACGCACGCACGCACGCACGCACGCACGCACACACAUACACACACACACACACGUACCACAGAUACAGGAAAUUCUAUAGUCACAUGACAGGGUACAGGAAGUUCCAGUUAGUCCAGUAGGGAAAGGCACCAGCAUGGUUCAUCUGCAGUGUUUUAAAAUGCAUUGUCAUGUAAAACAUUGAACCUCAUAAUCAAAUUUGUUCAGUCUUAUUUUUAUCUUCCUUCCAAAAAGUUCUUUAUUGUGCAGGAUUGCGCCCUCCCCUGUACUGGGUUAGGAUAGUACCCUCCCCAUCCCUGUACUGGGUUAGGAUAGUACCCUCCCCAUCCCUGUACUGGGUUAGGAUAGUACCCUCCCCAUCCCUGUACUGGGUUAGGAUGGUGCCCUCCCCAUCCCUGUACUGGGUUAGGAUGGUACCCUCCCCAUCCCUGUACUGGGUUAGGAUGGUACCCUCCCCAUCCCUGUACUGGGUUAGGAUGGUGCCCUCCCCAUCCCUGUACUGGGUUAGGAUGGUACCCUCCCCAUCCCUGUACUGGGUUAGGAUGGUGCCCUCCCCAUCCCUGUACUGGGUUAGGAUGGUACCCUCCCCAUCCCUGUACUGGGUUAGGAUGGUGCCCUCCCCAUCCCUGUACUGGGUUAGGAUAGUACCCUCCCCAUCCCUGUACUGGGUUAGGAUGGUGCCCUCCCCAUCCUUGUACUGGGUUAGGAUAGUACCCUCCCCAUCCCUGUACUGGGUUAAGGUUAGGUUACUGUAUGUAUUGAGUGGCAGUUUUGUUUGACAGAUUGUCAAGACUAUACGUUUUAUUCUGGUUGUGUUUUAAGACUGUACAUUUUAUUCUGGUUGUGAAGGAGGAACUCCCAUUUCUAUUUGAUGAUUAAUUAAGGUUAUAUUAUUAUUUGUCUAUUACAAUAAGGCUUGUUGAGUAUCUAGGUGUAUUACAUAGUGUGUUUUCUCUUUAAAGGGCCAUAUUCUCCUCCCUCAUGACACUAUCUAACCCUAACCCAAUAAGGGCUUGGUGAGGGCAUCCAGAUGUAUUAUUUCCAGGUGUAUGUACAGUUUAUUAGGUACACCCAUCUAGUACCGGGUCGGACCCCCAUUUGCCUCCAGAACAGCCAGAAUUCUUCGGGCAUGGAUUCUACAAGUCGGUAACGUUCCACAAGGAUGCUGACAUAAUAGCAUCACGCAGUUGCUGCAGAUUGGACGGCGGUCCACCACCACCAGCCUGUACAGUUGACACCAGCCAGGAUAGGUCCAUGGACACAUGCUGUUUAUACCAAAUCCUGACUCUGCCAUCAGCAUGGCGCAACAGGAACCGGGAUUCGUCGGACCAGGCAAUAUUUUUUACACUUCUCAAUUGUCCAGUGUUGGUGAUGGCGUGCCCACUGGAGCCCUGUGUGGUCGUCUGCUGCAAUAGCCUAUCCGUGAAGGAUCGACGAGUCGUGUGUUCCGGAGAUGCCGUUCUGCACACCGCUGUUAUUUGUCUGUUUGUGGUCCGCUUGCGUGAUUCUUGCCAUUCUCCUUCGACUUCUCUCAUCUAUGGGCUGUUUUUGCCCACAGGACUGCCACCGACUGAAUGUUUUUUGUUUGUCAAACCAUUCUCCUUCGACUUCUCUCAUCAAUGGGCUGUUUUUGCCCACAGGACUGCCACUGACUGAAUGUUUUUUGUUUGUCAAACCAUUCUCGGUAAACCCUAGACACUGUCGCACGUGAAAAGCCUAGGAGGUCUGCUGUUUCUGAGAUACUGUAUCCGGCGUGCCUGGCACUGACGAUCAUUGCUUAGGUCUCUCGUUUUGCCUAUUCUAACGUUCAAUCAAACAGUAACUGAAUGCCUAUCUGCAUGCUUUAUAUAGCAAGCAACGGGCACGUUACUCACUGUCUGGAGCGAUCCGUUUUGGAGAACUAGGUGCUGUACCUAAUAAACUGGCUGAUGUAUAUCAAGGUGUAUCAUACCAUUGUUUUCCUCUGUAAGUGUUCUGUUCCUCUGGGGCCUGAUGACAUCCUUACAGGAACACCUGAGAUCUGACCGCUCUUUACAGUUUCUAACACAAUUUACUACUGAAAUGCCCAUGGUGUCUGUGUCAUUGUAUCGAUUAAUCAAAAAUGUUUGUAUGUACAGUCGCUAAUGAAAGAAUACACACCCUUUCAUAUUUCGCUGCCUUAAAAUUGUAUCUAAAAAGGGAUUACAUUAGAUUUUUCCCACCAAUCUACUCCACAUGUGUUAAGUGAAAGAAACAUGAUAGAAAAUGUUCCAAAUGAAUUAAAGCAUUAAAAUGAAUAUGUA